AUGUCUGAGGAGGCAGAUGAGCCUCAGGCCGGCCCCUCAAGUGCUGGGCUAGAUUGGCCAAAUCUUGAGAGAAAUCGGGCUGGGGUCCCGGGAGGAGUGAUUAGAAGGGCUAGUGGUCAGGGGUGUAUGUCCUGGAUCCAAAAAGUUCUUGAGCAGAUUGUAGAUUCACCUCUCACGUGGGUCACCCCGAAGGAGGUGGCUUUUGUCAGCGUACUGGCCGUCCAAAGAUACCUGUUGGAGGAGCCGGACGACAAUGUACGAGGGGGCCCACUGUACUGCUACGAUGUAACGAUCUCUGACGGGGUGUAUCGGGAGAAAUGCUACCUGGACCCCAGCCUUAACUCUCUCGUUUAUAAAAAUAUUCUUAAAGUUGGCAUAGAGAUGAAAAUUUCCAGAGUCUCGUGUCUGUACAAUGAGAAAAGAUUAGGCCAGGGGAUCCUGUGCAUAGAUAACGUCCAAUGCGGACGGACUUUAGAUGCGAUUUCUUUAGAAACUCCCUUCAGAAACAGAGCGCAAGGGGUCAAGCCCGAGAGACCCUUGAGGGGGGGAAAGAGUCAUUACUUGGCGCUGUGGAAUAAUGAAGAUCCGUAUGGAGAUAUCUGGUUGACUGACAAGCAGCCCAAGGAACACAAUUUUACAAAUACUAAAAUCAUUUCCCUUUCUCAUCUUGAAACAACCUGGACUGACAGAAGUGAUUUCCCUGCACUGCUUGUGAGGAUCUUGCGUCAAUCAAAACUGCGAUACUAUGGGAAACCUGAUAAAAAGACAAUUGAGCCCUACCAGACUGUUUUGGAAGUUGCUGACCGUUCAGGCACAGUGUUAGUGAUCCUGUGGAAUGCCUUGUGUCCUGAGUGGUAUAAAAGUUUGCGGGUUGGAUUGGUUCUUCUGCUUCAAGAUUAUUCAGUUAAAAAGAGUUAUCAAUUCAGGAUGCAUCCUCUCCCUGUGAAUCCACACAUCAAAUCAAUUUCUACAAUGGAAAUUGGCCUGAAUCUUCAAGAUCCUCCAACUAAUAUAAUCAUCAUUCCAGAAAACCAAGUGAAACCUGAAUGGAAAUUGCCAAAAUUAAAUUAUCAGUUUAUCACAAGAUCAGAACUGGAUGAUAUGCCAAAAGAUACUAUCUGUGAUGUUAUUGGCCUUUUGGUUUUUGUAGGAAGGGUCCAGCGAUCAAAAAAGAAAGAAAACUGUGAAGAUUUUUGGUCAUAUCGCUGGAUACACCUUGCUGAUGGAACUUCAGAGCAGCCAUUUAUUGUGGAACUCUUUUCUACAUCUCAGCCAGAAAUCUUUGAAAAUAUUUAUCCAAUGACACAUUUUAUGUGCACCCAGCUAAAAGUUGUCAGACAUGAUGCGCAAGUACCUAAGCUGCUUUACCUCACAACUACAAAUGAAAGUCGAGUGUUUAUUAUCGGAGAGCUAAAUGAUCAGCCCUAUACCAACGAUAUCAAGGUACAAAACUUUAUUCAGUGGGUUACCAGAAAGACCGAAUCUGGGCAAGUGGAGAAUACUGUUAUUGGUGGAUAUUAUCCCUAUCCACCAGUGCCGGAAACGUUUUCCAAAUACAGUAAUUUAAUUAAAGCUCAUUCGUUCUUGACACCUGUGAGUGAAGUGAAGAAGGAGAUUGAAGUCUUACAGUACAGGGAACAAAAACGAAUUGCAAUUCAGGGGAUUAUUACUGUUAUAAAAUAUAUUCCCCAUAGCAGUGCAGUGAAAAGUGCCUCAGCAUCAGAAACACUUUGGAACGCUAACAGAUCCUCAGCAUCCCCAGCAGCUAGAGAAGAAACUGAAAGUCAGGAAGGAAACAGGAAAUGUUAUCAAUAUGACAGACCUGUGAGUGCACAGUGUAUUCAAACAAUAUCUUCAAGUUUCAGCCCAAGCCAUAAAAGAAGAAUUCUUCAAGGCCCAUGUGCUAAACCAUUUGCUGUUCCUCAGACAGAAGCUUCUACACAGAUUUCCGGAGAUAGACUUGACAUGCCUAGCAUCUUCCAAUAUUGGAAAAGUUCUGAAGGGAAGAUGCCGAAAACCUUCACUGACAGAUGGGAAAGUCAGAUGUGGAGAGACAAAAAGUAUCAUGUAACAGAUCACCUGCAUUACAGCCAAGUUUAUCCUGAAAGCAUUCCACGAAAAUUUCUUUUUGAACAUAGGAAUUUUCUUACUCAGCAGUAUAAUUCUCAGCCCUCAAAAUACAUACCACCAGCAGAAAGGCCCCCCAAACUUGAAGAUUUUAAGAGUGCACGAAGUCUUGGACAUUUUGAAAUAACCAUCCUAGGUUUAAACCAUGACAUAGCGAUUGAUGUCGCAUUCCUCCCCAUGUAUUCUCCAGAAGAUGUCCGAACAUCUCAAAUAGACACGUUGCUAACUUGCAUGAAUUACAGCUGUGUCUAUCCACAGACAGUAACUGACAUUGACCAAUGUUCAGAUCCAGAAGCUCUUGCAGGUGAUAUUAUAAAAGCAGUAACUGAACUGGAUAGAGUACAUAUCGUCGGUAUCUUGGAUAUCUGUAAUUUGGGUAACAAUAAAGUGGAAAUCUAUUUGCAGAAAAUUUAUACUCCAGAGGAUACAUCUUAAGAAUUG